AUGGCUGCCACCGCCUUCGACGAUCUGCCUGAGAUGAUCAUCACCCAAGAGAUAUUCAUGAGGCUACCGUCCAGGGACGUCCUCCAAUGUAGCGCCGUCAGCAGGUCAUGGCGUGUUGCCACCACCAACAAGGAGUUCCUGCUCAAGCACUACAGCCGCCAGCCAUCGCUGCCCCUCGUUUUUCACAAAGUCAGUCCCUCGAUCUACGAGGUUGAAGCUCUUGAUAUCCGCGAAGCCCCUGCCAAACGCUGGCAUGUUCUUGACCCUGAUAUGUACACAGCGAUCCUAGCCUCCUGCGACGGUCUUGUCCUGCUCUCCCUCCAGACCCCCCGUUUCAGCGUCGUCAACCCAGUCACACACCAACGGUUCAUGCUCCCUGGUCUGAAAGGCGCCGGUAGGUGCAAUGUUAAAGCAAUGUAUCCACACCCACGCCGGUCCGGCGAGUACCAAAUUCUGUUCUGGAGGGGGGAACGCGAGCUUCGCGGUGGCUACCAAAUCCUCACAGUUGGGUCCUCCAAGAACCAGAAGCCGAGGUGCAUAGGGUGGUACCCAGUGGCCUCUGCUUGUACUAGGACGGUGUACUUGCUGGCUGGAAGGCAUUCAUACAUGUGGCGUCCUCCUAUUCUGCUCAAUGGCUGCCUCCACUGGAGCUACGGUUUAGAUCGACUGCUCAUUUUUGACACAUUGAAAGAAUCGUUUAGGUCCAUGAGGCCUCCCAUUGCUGCUAGAGGGAGUUGUCGAUAUUUGCUUGAGAUGGAAGGUAGGCUUGUCAUGAGGUGCAUAGAUGAUGUUGAGGGGAUCAUGCAAACAUGGGUGCUGCAAGACUAUGAGCGUGUGACCUGGUCACUGAGGUGUCAGAUUGAGUUCCCAGUGGCAUACUAUGGGACUAUCAUGUGA